CUGGCCGACCAGGUUAGUCCGCAUUGCAACCGUGUCAUCGACAUCGCGUCUAUGGAGGAGACCUUUGAGGGCGACGGUACCUCGUACGUCCUGAGCGCGCCGCGCCACGGCAACUGCAACCUCAUGUGGACGCCGCCGCUUGCGUCGACCAACUAUGCGGCUCUCAACGCCCCGCAGUGGGCCAACCUCGCCCAUUGCGGCCGCUGCGCGCGCGUGCGAUGCGUCGAUGCCCGGUGCAAUUCGACCGCGACUGCGCUCGUCAUGCUUGUGGAUCAAUGCCCCGAAUGCAAGCACGGCGAUCUCGACUUGAGCCCCAAGGUGUUUCGGGAGAUUACGGGCCACGACGCGACGCGGCUUAAAGUCGCAUGGUCAUUUGCGCGUUGUCCGAUCCAGGACGAGCAUGCCCACGUGUGCCUCAAGAACGGCGCGAAUCCGUUCUGGAUGGCAGUGCAGCCCGUCAAUGUCGCCACGGGCGUUCAGCGCGUCCGCAUCAACGGCUUUGCCACCGAGAUGCUCGACAGCUGCUACUACUUCAAAGCCAAUGCCGGGAGCGCGCAAAUCCCACUAGAGAACAUGGACGUCGAGCUCACCUUUCUGAACGGAUCGUCCCAGCACAUCCUCAUUCCAUCCAUCAACGCAUCGUCGUGUACGAACGGGUACCAUGAAGUCGACGACCCGCCACUUCCGAACGUCCAGAUGUCGCCAGGUGGCAGUGCGUCGUCCAGUGUCCUGAUGCCGGCUUUGCUUGUCGCUGCCGUGCUUGGUGGUGGUCUGGCCGCCCUCUAUGUCGCGCGCCGGCGACGCCUCGCCCAGCAGCAGCAGCAGGCGUCGUUCCGGCUCGUGCUGCCCAUCGAAGACGAAGAGGCCGUGCUCUAG